AUGUCACUACCUCGGAAGUCCAGCCAGUCUCAUGAUACAGAAAAUGACAAAAAUAGUGCGAGUAGAAAAUCGGUUAUCUUAAGUUUAUUGGGUCCGAACAGAGGAAGAUUAUUUGGAAGCAAUAUGAAUAUCGCUGAUAUGCCUUGUAGUGUGCACUUGUUGGAUGAUCGUUGCAUGUCCGUUUCAGUAUCAAAUAAAGCGUUUGGAAGAUGUUUACUUGAAGUUGUCUGUGAACGUCUUCAUGUUCUCCCAUAUAUAUCUUAUUUUGGACUUCGUUAUUCUGACAAUAAUGGUAUGAAUCAAUGGAUCAACUUAAAUGACAAAAUUAGUAAGCAGCUUAAAGAAGUUAAAAAUUCCACAUUUGGUUUUCGAUUUAUUUACUAUCCAAAUAAUCCAUUGACGUGUUUCCCUAAUGAAACAAUUCGUUAUUUACUUUUCCUUCAAUUGAGAAGGGAUUUUUAUGUUGGUCGUUUAAGAGCAGAAGCAUCGAAGAUCUAUGAAUUGGCAGCAUACGCUAUACAAGCUGAACAUGGUCUCAAGGAGAUUCCUCAAGGCUUUGACGUGGAUACUAUUCCUGGUGGUAUGCGUGUCCUUCCUCAACUAACAAAACCUAUUGUACGGCGAAUCAAAAAUCAACUUGAACAAAUCAUUGGCAUGUCUAAAACUGAAGCUCUGGAAAAAUUCAUCGAUGAAGCAUCAAAAAUCGAAACCUAUGGCAUGGAACCUUUUCAGGUGCAAGAUCAACGGCAAAAUGGUUUAUGUAUUGGAUUUAAUUAUAAAGGUAUUUCUAUAUUCAAGGAUGGUUGCAGUAUCAAUGUAUUUGAAUGGGCAUCUAUUAAAAACAUUUAUCCAGAAAAAAAGAAUUUGGUUUUAAUCGUUAAUGGCAAACAGUCAGAAGAUGAAAGAGAUCUUGUUCUUGGGUUUAAAUGUAAAUCACCUUCAGAAGCCAAAACUUUAUGCUUACGAGCACUUAACUGUAAAACAUUCAAAGAAGCACAAUUACAGGAGAUGUCUCUUAUUCCUCGACCUUUUAGAACAUCUAACAUUUUAGCUUAUCGACCAUCAGAAAUUAUUAAUCAAGAUUCUUUAAGUGAUUCAUCUGAUAGUUCACAGUAUGCUUCACUAAAAUGUAAAUAUCCUCCAACUAUAGAUAUUCAAACAGAUGUAACAACAACAAUGACAACAAAAGAAUCACAUGAGAAUUCAACUAGUUCAGAAAUAAGUGAAAAUACAGCAUGGCCAAUUGAUUAUACAGCAUUCAUUGGAAAAAAAUCUAAUAUUAAUAAUGAUGUUGAUCAAAACAAUACUAAUCAAAAUAAUGAUAAUCAAAUACAUAGUAUAAAUAUAUCAUAUUUAGAUCCUCCAUCAAAACCGGUGAAUAGAGUAAGUCCACGAAAUAGUUUUGGUGGAAGUAUGGACUUACCAAUACCAAAUCAAACAAAAUUACAAGUUUCUGAUUUAUCAUGGAAAUCUAAACCGGUACAUCGGUUAGUUAAUUCAUCUUCUAUCAAUGUAAACAAUGAAAAUGAUAAAUAA